ACCCAAAGAAUACAUCUCAUUGAAUCACUGCUUUCUCCAGCAUACUGAAGCACUGAUUAAUUCAUAGUGUACCUUCAUUGGCUGGAUGAGAGAAGAGUGACUAAAAAGAAGAGUCCAUCCUUAUCAUUUGUAUUGAUUGAGCUGCACAAAGUGAACAAAAAAGGAUUUAAAAAAACAACAACAACAAAAAAAAAAUGGCUUAUCUCCUUUCAGUGCAUGACGAUCUCAGGAUAAUGCUUCUUGGCCACAGCGGUGUUGGAAAAAGUGCAACAGCCAAUGUAAUCUUAGGAAAAGAAGCAUUCAAAGAAUCUGAAACUAUUCAGUGUGAGAUACAGAGAGGGAGAGUGGAGGGAAGAAACAUCUCAGUGAUUGACACUCCAGGAAUCAACAACACUUCUCUCACUACAGAACAGUGGAGGACUGAGUUGAAGAAGGGUUUGUUGCUUUCUUCUCCUGGUCCUCAUGUGUUCUUGCUGGUGACCAAAGUGGGAAAAUUCUCAGAAGAAGAGAGAAUUGCUGUGAAGUGGAUUGCCGAGAACUUUGGUGAAGCAGCUCUGAAGUUCAGCAUGAUACUGUUCACAGGAAGAGAAGAAAUGACCAACAGACAGUGGGUGAAAUUUUCUGAAGAUGCCAGGAUAAAGGAUCUGAUCAGCUGCUGUGAAGGUAGAUAUUGUGUGAUAAACAGCAAGAGAGAGGCUAAUCCUACUCAGAUCAUUAAACUGCUUGAGGAGAUCGAGGCCAUGGUCCAACGAAAUGGAGAUCAGUUCUACACUCAAGAUCUGUACGAAGCAGUUGAUAGAAUGAGAACAACAGAAGCCAUUCUGAAGAAAGAGGAAAUGAGAAAGGGACAUGAGAGCAAACCAAAUCCAAACCAUGACGCAUGUCUGGAGGUGCAGAAAAAGCAUGCUGCCAUUGGAGUUAAUGAAAAAUGUGGAAAUGUAGUACCUCGUAAGAAACAUGAAGAGUCAAUGAAGUCAAUUACUGAGAUGUACGAAACAUUGUAUAGAAUGAGAUCAACAGAAUUGACACAGAGAAAAGAGGAAAUGAGAAAAGGACAUGAGAGCAAACCAAAACCAAGCCAUGACGCAUGUCUGGAGGUGCAGAAAGAGGAUGCUCUUACUGGAGUUAAGGUAAAAUGUGGAAAUGAGGUACCUCCUAAGAAACAAGAAGAGUCAGUGAAGUCACUUCCUGAGAGGAAAGGAGAGAUGGAAGCUAAGUUUGUGAAACAAAAUAUCAGGAGACAGGAGGAGACACGGAGAGAGAGGGAAAGGAAGAAAUGGGAGCAGGAGAAAGCAGCUACAGAGGGUAGAAAACCUGAUUCAGUGUGUGAUGUGAGGAUUGUGCUACUGGGAGGUGUUGGGGCAGGAAAAAGCUCAUCAGGAAACACUAUCCUGGGCAGAGAGGCAUUUGGGAAAGACCUCAUCCCAGUUACCACAAUGUGCAAGAGGCAGGAUGGAAUGGUGGGAAAUAAAUCCAUCAGUGUGAUCGACACUAUGGGUUACAUUAAUUGUUCCUCUCAGCAUUGCUUUUCAAUUUACUGUGAAGAGUUGGAGCAAUGCUUUUCCUUGUGUAAACCUGGCCCUCAUGUGUUUGUGCUUGUUGUACCAUCUCCUAAUACCUUCUCCUUCCCUGUUCAAUUACUAUAUGAAAGAUUUGGCCCAGAAGUUUUGAAACGCACUUUAGUCCUCGUCACCUGCGGAGACUCUUGGGGAAGAGACCACGAGGUGGUUUUAAACAACAGCUCAGCUCUCCAGCAGCUCGUCCAGAACUGUGGAGAAGAUUAUCAGAUUUUCAACAACCAAGAGAAAGAAGACAGAACUCAGGUCACAGAACUGCUGGACAAGAUUGAGAUCUUGAUUGAGAAGAACGGACAGGGGCACUGUACCACCGAGAUGUACCAGAGAAAGGGGCAGGAGACAAGCAGCUGUACCCUAAAUGAGUCUGUGACAAAGAAAUGUGCCAUGAAAGAAGUUGGGCGCAUCAAGGUUAUUGAUACACCUGGUAUGUUUGACACAUCGCUGACCUCAGAUCAACUGAAAAGUGAAAUAAAGCAGUGUGUAAGGAUGUCAGUUCCUGGUCCUCAUGUGUUCCUGCUGGUGAUCAGACUGGGCAGAUUCACAGAGGAAGAGAAGAAUGCAGUGAAGUGGAUUCAGGAGAAGUUUGGAGAAGAUGCUUCACUCUACACCAUCAUUCUGUUCACUCAUGCUGAUCAGAUUGGAAAGAGGACACUGGAGGAGUUUUUGGCAGAGAGCCCUGACCUGAGGAGACUUCUCAACACCUGUGGAAAUCGCUACCACGCAUUUAACAACAACGACCCCAAGCCUUCGCAGGUCGAGAAUCUGAUGCAGAAGAAAGAUGACAUGGUUUUAAUGAAUGGAGGGAAGUUCUACACCAAUGAUAUGUAUGAGGAGGCUCAAAGAAGUAAUAUUGUUGAAAUGAUUGUAGCUGCUGUAGGCGUAGCUGCAACUGCUGGGAUAAUUGCUUUAAAAUUGCUUUAAAAAUAUAAACCUGUGAUUUGCAGCUCCACUACUACUACUACUACUACUAGUCAGAGCUGCUGUUAUAAAAAAUGAAUCAACACCUUCUGACCAGAAUCAGAAUAUAAAAAUAUAAAAUAUAAAAAUAUAAUCUGUUUCCAAAACAGCCAUGUCUAAAAUAUAACUAGUGGAACAAACAUUAUAGUGCAAUUAAAAUUAUUUUGAAUAAUUAUUUUAUAUUUUUUUUCUAUUACUGGGUUAUUAUUAAAUAUUUGAUAUAAUGUAGUUGAAAAAAUAUUUCCUCUAUUUUUAUCACAUAUCUUGAGUGGUAAUCAGUAUCUGCUUUAUGUGUAUCUACAUUUAUCUUAUUAACUGUUUAUGUAAUCAGUAGCUACAUGUGGAUGAAGGAUAUUCAGAAAGAUUUCAGAUUGAAGGAAAAUUGCCUAAAUUGCUAUUAUGAAAAACGUAUAAAUCAUUGGUAGUGUAAAUGAUGUUUGAUUGAAACGAAUAA